UUUCGGUGUAGAAGUGGCAGCACGGCAGGCCGGUGAGUCUCGGAGGCGGCAGCCGCUUCCUGAAGCCAUUCGCGCUGCUCUCCAGUGGGCAGGCAGAGGUUUGGCCCACACGGAGUGAUAGCGGGAAGAAGACAGUGUGAACCGUGCGGGUGCGGGUCCUUAGAUGAGAAAAUUGGAAGUAGCGAUGAGAUGUGAGAAAUGGCGGUGUUCCUGACUGACCUGCCUUCUUGCAGCUUUUCUUCUUUUUCUCCGCAUUUGGCAUUUGUACACUUCAUCUUUCCCGCCUGAGGCUUAUCUCCACCUCUUCUGCUGUGGACCGUGGCCAUCUCGUUACUUAACAGCUUCUGACUAACGCAGGGCAGCUUGUUCAGCGACUGCAACUCUGUGUUAGGGGAAACCUGGGGUGAGGUAGCCCGCCAUCUCCCGGUAGGAGAAUACCGCGAGCCUCCGAAUUUGGCAUGGCGGGCGACUCUCGUGGAAUGGGCAGCUAGACAUCACAACCCUACAUUUUUACCCUCCAUCUCUAGAUUGAAGUGUUGGGGUGUUGUUUUAUCAAGGAAGCCGACUGGUCAAACAAAUGGAUUUUACAGAGGCUUAUGCGGACACAUGCUCUACAGUUGGACUUGCUGCCAGGGAAGGCAAUGUUAAAGUCUUAAGGAAACUGCUCAAAAAGGGCCGAAGUGUCGAUGUUGCUGAUAACAGGGGAUGGAUGCCAAUUCAUGAAGCAGCUUAUCACAACUCUGUAGAAUGUUUGCAAAUGUUAAUUAAUGCAGAUUCAUCUGAAAACUACAUUAAGAUGAAGACCUUUGAAGGUUUCUGUGCUUUGCAUCUCGCUGCAAGUCAAGGACAUUGGAAAAUCGUACAGAUUCUUUUAGAAGCUGGGGCAGAUCCUAAUGCAACUACUUUAGAAGAAACGACACCAUUGUUUUUAGCUGUUGAAAAUGGACAGAUAGAUGUGUUAAGGCUGUUGCUUCAACACGGAGCAAAUGUUAAUGGAUCCCAUUCUAUGUGUGGAUGGAACUCCUUGCACCAGGCUUCUUUUCAGGAAAAUGCUGAGAUCAUAAAAUUGCUUCUUAGAAAAGGAGCAAACAAGGAAUGCCAGGAUGACUUUGGAAUCACACCUUUAUUUGUGGCUGCUCAGUAUGGCAAGCUAGAAAGCUUGAGCAUACUUAUUUCAUCGGGUGCAAAUGUCAAUUGUCAAGCCUUGGACAAAGCUACACCCUUGUUCAUUGCUGCUCAAGAGGGACACACAAAAUGUGUGGAGCUUUUGCUCUCCAGUGGGGCAGAUCCUGAUCUUUACUGUAAUGAGGACAGUUGGCAGUUACCUAUUCAUGCAGCUGCACAAAUGGGCCAUACAAAAAUCUUGGACUUGUUAAUACCACUUACUAACCGGGCCUGUGACACUGGGCGAAACAAAGUAAGCCCUGUUUACUCAGCAGUGUUUGGGGGACAUGAAGAUUGCCUAGAAAUAUUACUCCGGAAUGGCUACAGCCCAGACGCCCAGGCAUGCCUUGUCUUUGGAUUCAGUUCUCCUGUGUGCAUGGCUUUCCAAAAGGACUGUGAGUUCUUUGGAAUUGUGAACAUUCUUUUGAAAUAUGGAGCCCAGAUAAAUGAACUUCAUUUGGCAUACUGCCUGAAGUACGAGAAGUUUUCGAUAUUUCGCUACUUUUUGAGGAAAGGUUGCUCAUUGGGACCAUGGAACCAUAUAUAUGAAUUUGUAAAUCAUGCAAUUAAAGCACAAGCAAAAUAUAAGGAGUGGUUGCCACAUCUUCUGGUUGCUGGAUUUGACCCACUGAUUCUACUGUGCAAUUCUUGGAUUGACUCAGUCAGCAUUGACACCCUUAUCUUCACUUUGGAGUUUACUAAUUGGAAGACACUUGCACCAGCUGUUGAAAGGAUGCUCUCUGCUCGUGCCUCAAACGCUUGGAUUCUACAGCAACAUAUUGCCAGUGUUCCAUCCCUGACCCAUCUUUGUCGUUUGGAAAUUCGGUCCAGUCUAAAAUCAGAACGUCUACGGUCUGACAGUUAUAUUAGUCAGCUGCCACUUCCCAGAAGCCUACAUAAUUAUUUGCUCUAUGAAGACGUUCUGAGGAUGUAUGAGGUUCCAGAACUGGCAGCUAUUCAAGAUGGAUAAAUCAGUGAAACUACUUAACACAGCUAAUUUUUUUCUCUGAAAAAUCAUCGAGACAAAAGAGCCACAGAGUACAAGUUUUUAUGAUUUUAUAGUCAAAAGAUGAUUAUUGAUUGUGAGAUAGGUUAGGUUUUGGGGGGCCAGUAGUUUAGUGAGAAUGUUUAUGUUUACAACUAGCCUUCCCAGUAAAAAAAAAAAAAAAAAAAAAAAAAAAAUUGUAAACCUCACUUAUAUUACUUUAUUGCAGCUUCAUCACCAGUACAUUAUAUGUUGUAAUAUUUAUUUACCUGAUCAUUUUGAUCAUUUUCUGCUUUAUUUUGCUAAUAAACUGUGAUGUUGCUUCUAGUGCUAAACAUGGCAUAUUUCCACCUAUGAUUUGUGUUUACCUGGUACUAGGAGCUCAGAAUGAAUGCAUAAAGCUUCACUGGAACUGUAUACAACUGUGGUGUAGAAUCUGUUAUUAUUAUCGUUAUUAUUUUAUUUAGACUUGACUAUCUCUUAUGUUUAUUAAAGAACAUGUUUUCCUAUUCA